AUGGACCCCGAGGUCAGCUAUUCGCUACCUUCACCGACCGACACUCCAUAUCGAACACCGUCCAGUUCUCAAUCCCUCCGUUCCCGCCGGUACGAAGACAUGUCGCCCUCAUCUACGCCUCCUCCAAUGCCCGAUGAACGAGCAAGCAAAAGACGAAGUAAUGAUUCGCUCCAUUCUAACCCUGCUCUGGACGAGAAUAUCUCUCCUCUCGACCCACGACGGUUUACACCCACGCUCCAUGCCUCCUUGGUGUCCGAAAUCCUGUCGUUGAGGCGAGACCUCGAGAGUCGCACCAAUGACAUUGAAAAGUUGGAAAUCAGCCUCCAUGCGGCGCAGACUCAAAAUGAGGUGCUCAAUAACAACCUUUUGCAGGCUAACAAGGAGACGAGAUCAGUGAAGCGGCAGAUGCAAAUGCUCGAAGGUGGCACACUGUCCGCCCUCAACGACCUGGCGAAAGAACGGGAUGAUGCUCUGAGCGAUGUUACUGAUCUGCGAAAGCGUCUCGAACAAACUCAGAAAAAGGCCAAAAGCCAGGAGGAAACCGCCGACAAGACCCAGGCAUUGUGGGACAAGGACAAGGAGAUGUGGCUCGCGGAAAAGCGUGGCCUGGAAACCAAAGUCCACAUUGCUGAAGGCCGCUUGAAGGUGGUGCUGAGUGAACUUGCCAAUUCUCAGCAACAGCCAGUCCCUGCUUCCCCUACCGAACGUGCCCACAGUCGCAACAGUAUCAUGGAUAGUCCCAGUAAAGGCUCCAUCAUUGCUCGGAGAGGGCGGAGGCACAGUGCGACGUCAGUCAACAGUGAUACUCACGGAGGUCGAGUAUCGGUGUUAAGUUUCCACAACGGCAUUUCAAUCAACCUGGCAGACGAAUUGGCGUUUGAUGAAAUGGAAGAAGACAUGCUAAAUGCGCUCGACAACGACGAUGGCCGGGUCUCCCCCGACGCUCUACCCGAGGAACACGUUCGACCCGCCUCCAGCUUGUCCAUCAAAGCAAGGAAGGUGUUGGGUCUACCUGUCGACUUUGAAGACAUGGAGCGCAUUGACAGCCCUGAGCAUGAUCGUUCUGGUGCCAUGUCAAUAGACGGGAAUCGACGUCGACCAAGCGUCAAAUACGUAGACACUGCCAUUCAAUUUUCCCCACCAGCGUCCCCGUGGCCGAUGUCAGAUCCUCGACCCAAGGCUAAUGGCCACCGACCCUUGGAAAUUUCCAUCGCAAAUGCCAGACAGAUUAGUGUCACCCCAAGCCCGGUCAGCCCGCAAGACAGUAUUGACAUCGCCUGGGAAAAGCAACGACCUAUCAUGGUAUCUUCGGGCUGCCAAACGGUCGAGGCUCUCCCAAGUCCACCCCUUACACCUGACAAGCGCGACGCAGGGCUAGCUACCAUUCCGGAGAGUGCUCUAGAAAGAGUCGAGACCGCCACCAUUGGAACCCAGACCGAAGCUGCGCAACCUGUCUUCGACCAGUUCAGCCACAAACACACUGGGAGCGAGGAGACUCUCGAUCUGAAGGUUCCCCUGAUUGCCAUCAUCCCUCCCGCAUCCAGACCUGCCACACCUGAAACUAGUGUUAUGCUACCACCCCGAACCAAGAAUGCAAGUACCCAGGUUGCCAAUCACUUACUAGGAGGAUACAAGUCUUCUUCUAUGCAGACGGAAGAAAUUCGAGUCGACAUACGAGCCAUUGUUCCACCCUCCGAGAUGCCACCUGCUCCAUUGUCGAGCCAUUACAGGCCACCAAUUUCAUCCAGGGCCGUGCCGCCUCCUAUCCCUCGCAGCAGAGUAUCUCCUGGUAGUUCGAUGUUUGCAUCAAGGCGUUCGGCCAUCGCUGGGCCGUCCAAGAUACCUCCUUUGAACGACAAUGGACCUCUCACGAGAGACUUCGCUUCAAAUAUGCCACGACCCGUCAGAUCAAGUAGUCUUUUCGCCGGAUUCGAUGACGACGCUGAAAAUCGGGAUGAUUAUAUCGAAGAAGAUACCUUCGAGGAAGACGAUAUCUUCAGUCGCCCAACAGCGAAAUUCGUUCUCAAGUCUGGAAAAAUGGUCUCCCAGGACCUUCGGUUGGACGACGUCAGUGAGAGUGCAGCAGUAUCUGCAGGCGAGGCAGCUGCAUUGGAAAAUCUCCGACUAUCUGAAGACAGUCUACCUCCAGAGAUGAAGGCUAUUCUCUUCCAGACUCGGACCAGCCCACGCCGAGGAUCUCAACGCCAGAACAUGGGCCUGAAACUGAAGAGGGUUCCAUCGGCCAGGUCCAACAACAUGAGAAGAACUGCCUUGAUAUCGAGUGGAGCCGCUGCGCACCAGUCAUCACACUCCCAAUCCACCACCGGCUCUCUGGAGAGCAACAACCCGCCUCCCUUCCCCGUUCCCUUGCGGUAUAGCUCAGCUAAGGUGGGCAAGUCCAUCAGUGAAGGCGGAAGAAGUUCACCCGGCAGCAGCAACGCGUCACCGACCAAACGACCAAGGAACAGCAAAUUCGCCAAACCGAUGUUGCGAAAGGCGAGAUCAGGACCAGCCAUUUCACCUCACUCGCAAGCGCGCAAAUCACGCAGUCGAUCACCGCCCCUGGAACCAAGAGUCUCGAUUGUCCCGGAGAUGCCAAGUUUCCAGAUGCCUACAACGACACCGGCACCCGUGAUUGAGCCAUACAGCAAUCCGCGGGAAGCAAGCGCUCCUCGGCCGUCCAUUGCAACGGGCCCUAGUCGACAGCGCAGUCACACCAAACAGAAUUCUGACGUGCUAUCAAUGCAGCAGACAUCGGUUGUGGAUUCUAUUGCUCAAACCAUGGUCGGAGAAUGGAUGUACAAAUAUGUAAGGAGACGAAAAUCAUUUGGGGUGACUGAGAAGGCGGAUUGGGAUGCCAAUAAGAGCGUCGAGGAGAUCUCUCAAAGUGUGACCAACAACGGCGUUCGUCACAAGCGAUGGGUCUGGCUUGCGCCUUAUGAGCGUGCGGUCAUGUGGAGCAGCAAGCAGCCAACGUCUGGGACCGCCUUGAUGGGCAAGAGUGGUCGAAAACUGACAAUCAAGUCCGUCCUCGAUGUCAAGGAUGACAAUCCGAUGCCCAAAGGGGCAUUAACUGGAGCAAGCUUCAACAGGUCCAUUCUUAUCUUGACACCUCAGCGUGCCCUAAAGUUCACAGCGACAUCUCAAGAACGACAUUAUAUAUGGUUGACGGCGUUGUCGUUCCUAUCGCACUCUCCUCUCAGCGUCAACGAUCUCACCGCCAUCCCACCACCGCCCCCGCUUCCGGAACACGAUGUGUCGCCUGCUCCAGCACCAUCACUUGCCGGAUCACUUCGCAGACGACCAAUUCGAGACUCUAUUCGAUUGACGAAAGGCGUUGCUAAGUCAGUCGCCGGCACGAGGUCUUUCACGACCGAUGGAUCGGUGCCCGUACAUGACUCGCGACCUCCUACUCGCGAUUACUAUGAUCCCUUGACGGAUCCUGCUCUACCACCAACAAUCCCUCGCCACUCUCGAAAGCGAAGCAAUACAGCGCCUCGAGCGCCACCCAGCUCUUUCAGGAGCUUCUCCACAAACGGUGUAACCCCAAGUCUACCCGGACCGGGAUCCAAUUAUUCUCAAAGUGUUCAUUCCACGGCGGUUUAUUCCUCCGACCGUGGCUUAUAUACGCCCAGCUUGGGAAUGCAAAGUGUGAUUAGCAGCCGAAGAGGCAGUGAGGCUAGUGCUUCAGGCAGGCCUCCCCUUCCGACCUUUAUGGAUAACAACCAAACUACGACUAUGAGGAUGGACGCCUUCAUUGAACACGAGCAAGGCACAUCCUCAGGUCGGCCGUCUUUCAAUUUCAUGCGAUCAGGGCAACCCAAAAGAAAGGACAUGGGCUACUGGGGCGCAGAACAAGGAAGAGAGAGCAUCAGCCCCGUGGACUCAUUGCUGCACAGUGAGAUGAUGGCAGCAAGCUCCUCCACACGAGGGAGCUACGAAUCGAGAGAUCCGUGGCGCGGGUUCUGA